AUGGAUUAUUCGACGAAGGAAUCACCGCCGUUUAGCCCGCGGCGGCAGCGCAUGCGCACAAUCUUGCUCGGCCUCACCUACAUCCUUGGGGUCUUCGCUUCCAUCGUCCAGAUCCUCACACUCAUCGCUGGCAAAUGGAUCGUCCGUCACAGUGAUGGCUCCGAACGUCUGGCCCUCUCCAGCCUAGCCAUCGUACAGAUUCCGCAGUUUGACGGCAUCGUCCCCUCCCCCGAGUCCGACUCCUACCUCGUAACGAUGCAUUACUUCGCCGCCUCAUUUGACUACGAGUACCCCAGCGCCUCGAAGGCGGGAAUCGUCGGCUCCACGCCCCAUCUUCCUUACGACCUCGCUGCCAUCGGCCGGGACCUCUCGGUGCCCUCCGACGACUGGGCCUGCCUCCAAGGUCCCGAGCCGUGUGCGUCGCCCUACUUCAAGGCCUUCCGCAACGGCUACUUUGACCUGCCCACAACGCUGCCCUACAUCUCUCUCGUCUACGCCCUCGUCAUCGUCCUCUUCAUCUUCGUCGCCGAGGUCCUGAUCGCCGUGCGCCCCAGCUGGCUGCGCUGCCAGUGCUACUUCUCGUGCUUCAAGCGCUUCUGCCCGUGCCCGCGCGGCUCGCGCUCCGAGAUCGAGGUGCUCCCGACCGUCUUCUGGGACCGGUACCGCCUGUGGACGUGGUGCAUGCUGCCGUGCGCUGCGUUCCUGCCGCCGUUCGUGCUGACGCUCAACGGACUGAUUGUCAAGAGUUUCCUGGGACGGCGGGAGGCCGGGAACAUGAAUGCGCGGUUUGGGACGGGGUUCGUGGUCCUGCAGGCAAUGUGUUUUGGUGCAUCGUUCGCGGCGGUGGGUUGUGUUUUGCUGAGGAAACGUCUCGGACGGGGGACAAGUUGGAUGGAUCAGCAGGGUAUCACAUUGAAGCAGUGA